AUGGCGAAUGCAAGAACACUAAGGGAGUUGGCUGCUCCGAAAUUGCCCCAGCAACCUUUGUGCAUCACAUUUUCAACUUUGGCUGAAAAUACCUCGUUCGAAUUGAAGUCAAAAUUAAUUCACCUCCUACCCACGUUUCAUGGCCUCUCAGAUGAGGAACCCCACAAACACAUUCAGGAGUUUGAUGUGGUAUGCUCCAGUAUGAAGUCUCCAGGAAUUACUGAGGAGCAGAUCAAAUUUAGAGCCUUCCCUUUCUCCCUCAAGGAUGCAGCAAAGGAAUGGUUGUACUACCUACCUGCAGAGAUAUGCAGCAUUAAGCAGUAUCCUGGGGAGUCCCUAUAUGACUAUUGGGAAAGGUUCAAUAAAUUGUGCAUUAGAUACCCACAGUAUCAAAUUAGUGAACAACUAUUGAUCCAAUAUUUCUAUGGGGGUCUCCAGUCGUCUGAUAGGAGUAUCAUUGAUGCUGCGAGUGGGGGAGCAUUGGCAAACAAGACACCAAGGGAAGCAUGGCUACUUAUUGAAUCAACGGCGAAAAAUUCUCAACAGUUUGGUUUCCGUGAGAGUAACCCUACCCGUAAGGUCAAUGAGGUGGAGACGACAUCCAUUCAGCAACAGUUGUCGGAGCUAACAUCCUUUGUUCAGCAAUUAGCUGUGGGGAACAUACACCAAGCGAAGGUCUAUGGAAUCUACACAAACGUGGGUCACCCCACUGACUCUUGCCCUAUUCUGCAAGAUGAUGGAGCUGAACAAGUGAACAUGGCUGGAGGCGUGCCCGCGCCUCGUAGGGAGUACGAUCCAUACUCCAACACGUACAAUCCGGGUUGGAGAGAUCACCCCAACUUUAGCUAUGGAAACAGGUCACAGAAUUCAUUCACAAAUCGUCCACCAGGGUUUCAACAACCAUGGCAACAAAAGCCUCAACCAUCGUCCUCUAAUUCAGGAAGCUCUUUGGAGGAUAUUGUCAAGAACCUGGCCACGAGUACUGCUCAAUUCCAGCAGAAAACUAGAUCCGGCAUGAAGAAUCUGGAGACUCAAAUGAGUCACAUGGCAACUGCAAUUAAUAGCUUGGAGUCCCAAAUUUUUGAGAAAUUGCCAUCGCAACCCGAGACAAAUUCCAAAAAUGUAAGUACCAUGAUACUGAGGAAUGGCAAGGAAGUUGAGAGGUCUAAGGCCACGAACCUAAAGAGCAAAAGUGAAGACGAGAUCGAGAAGGAGAUGGAAGAGGAAGGACGCAUUCGUGGAGACCCUGAGGUUCGUAAAAUCAAAGAAGGCGGAGAAGGAAAAAGAGAUCCUAAAUGUAUUCCGAAAAGUAGAUAUCAACAUCCCCUUGUUGGAGGGAAUACACCGAUUAGGAAGGCAAUGUUGGAUUUAGGGGCGUCAAUCAACGUGAUGUCAAAAACCAUUUAUGCGUCCCUGAAUUUGGGGCCAUUAAAAGAAACAGCCAUCAUAAUCCAACUAACUGACCGCACAAAUGUUUAUCCAGAGGGGCUAGUUGAGAAUGUCUUGGUUCAGGUAAAUGAGCUAGUUUUUCCAGCAGAUUUCUAUAUCCUAAAUGUGGGAGAUGAGAAAUCAUUAAACUCAUCACCUAUUUUGUUAGGUAGACCGUUUCUUAGCACUGCCAGGACUAAAAUAAAUGUGAAUGAGAAUACUUUAUCAAUGAAAUUUGAAGGUGAAAGGAUAAAUUUUAAUAUUUUUGAGGCGAUGAAAUAUCCAGAGGAUUCUAACUCAGUCUUUGCUUUGAGUGUUAUUGAGUCCCUUGUGCAAGAAACUUUCGAAUUGGAUGGUGAAGACGCACUGGAAGUAGCCCUGACCAAGCACUUAGAAUUAGGUGUAACUCAUUAUGUGGACCUGAGGGAUGAGUUGCACCAUGCAGUUGAAUUCUUACAUGCACUUCCAACCAUUCAUCCAAGGUAUGAGAUUACUUCUCUUUUUGUGCCAGAAACUCAUACGAAAUUGAUGCCGUCAAUUGUGCAGGCACCGGAGUUAGAACUUAAACCUCUUCCGAAGCAUCUGAAAUACACGUUUCUGGGAGAUCGAGAGACACUUCCGGUGAUUAUUUUCGCUCACUUAUCUCCAAGUCAAGAGAUAUUUUCAGAUCGCGAUAGCGCCGGAGGACCAGGAAAAGACCACAUUCACCUGCCCAUUUGGUACAUUCGCUUACCGUCGGAUGCCUUUCGGUCUCUGCAAUGCGCCAGCAACUUUUCAAAGGUGUAUGCCUUGAGAUACUUGUUGGCGAAGAAGGAUGAAAUCAAAGCUCAUAAGGUGGAUUCUACUCCUGCAAAAGUUCGAUUUAGAGAUCAAGGAUAA